AAUUGUCCCCUUGAUCCCCGAUACCCGGCUUGGUUCUAUAAUAAUUGUGUUUAAGUAAAACGUAACCGCUUUGCAUUUAGUAGUCCACGUUAUUUUAGUGUAAGUUUAGGUUACGAAACAAAGCCAUGUUUCGAAGCGUUCUUUGCAUUUUCGCGUUGAUAUUGCGCGUCUCUUUGGCAUAUGAAGACAAAACGAUCGUCCAGUAUCUAGCUGACAAUGGAUACACCAGCCUCAGUCGAAACCUCCAGAGCCAGGGGCUAAACACACCAUUAUCGGGCACAGGCCCAUUCACAAUCUUUGCACCUACCGAUGCUGCCUUUGCAAAGCUCGGCAACAAGACGUUCUCCAGUGCCCAAUUGACAAAUAUAUUAAAGUAUCACGUAGUCACUGACUAUCUCAUCAUUCCGAUGAUCAAAACUCCUUCUAACCUGACAACGCUUGAGGGCCAGGACUUGAUGGUACAGCCAAUACCAGGGACGUUGCUGCUGAACAAUGCAUCGAGGGUUAUAACCGGAAAUAAUGACAUUAUCUGUAACAACGGCGUGGUACAUCCGAUUGACACGGUGCUGGUUCCACCAGAAUUGCCGACAUACACCAUUGCCCAAGUCCUCCUUAACGACUCGCGUUUUGCUGAUCUGAACAUUGCUCUGCUCAUUGCCGGAAUGACGAACAUUCUGCAAUCUGGCGACUUCACGUUGUUUGCCCCAGUCAACACUGCAUUUGCAACGUAUCAGGGAUCGGUCCUAAGUCCAGAGACACCGAACGCCAUUGCCAUAUAUCAGGCCGUACUGAAGUAUCACGUUACACCCGGAGGAAGACGAGCAACUCAGCUGAAGAACAACCAAGCGCUGUUUACACUACAUGGUGUUAAUCUAAACAUCACAGUGAAUAACGGAGUGACUGUCAACUCGGUGGCGCGUGUUAUUGACUCUGAUAUCCUUUGCUCAAAUGGCAUCAUUCACGCUGUGGACCACCUGCUUAUCCCUCCCGACAUCAACCAGGUUGCGAGCGGCAACAUGCCAUAACAUAUCGUAUAUUCAGCACAUGCAUUGACAAUUCAUGCUGCGCAUUCAUUAGCCAAUAGUGCGUACUGACAAUCGAUGGAUACGGUCCACAAACAAGAUAGAUAAUCGGUAAUGGAAUUGACACAACUGUAUUAAUAAGAAAUUGAUUACUACAUGAAGUUUACUUGCAUUCAUCGAACAAGUUUUUUUUGUCUUCCCAUUUAACAAUCCUUUUUUUACUAUUUUACUUGAAUAAAAAAAAGAUGUUCUGUAUAA